CCCGGGCUCGACACCCAUUCUCAGCAAGCAGGUCGCGUUACUACGGAGGAAUGCUCGCACACCCAUAAUAAUCUCGAUUGACAAAUCCUCUACAGGGAUUGCCAAAGGCGACAUGUCUCCCGCACAGGUGAACAACGCAUAUUUUGCCAUAGUGGAACAUGCCCUACGACUGGCGGUCGAAUAUGUGGCAGUGGAUUUAGGCCAGGAACGCACCCGCGUGAAGGAGGUGAUUCGCACCAGGGGAAAUACUAAAAUCAUUGGGCAACGCAUAUUUGAACCGUCGGCUCCAGAGACGUGGGAGAGUGAAGAAUGCUUUUCUCUAUAUUUCGAGGCUGAGAAGCUGGGGUGCCAGCUCGUCCGUUUUCUUCGGGUGGCUACAACACGCGAAGAUAAUGCAGCAGUCCUCAAGUUCACCAACAAGGUCCAUGCCUUGUCUGGCGACCAUCCACCGGUAAUAGCAUACAACAUUGGCAGCCUUGGGCGGACUUCUCAAGUGUUCAAUUCCAUUCUCACCUCCGUAACACACCCAGCGAUUGAACGGACCACUGAUAACGGGCGGGACCCUCAGAUCACAUCUCGCGAUGCAGUUCAGGCUUUGUUCCAGAGUUAUGUACUGGAUCCGCUCCAAUUUUUCAUUCUUGGAGGCAACGUCGCCUACAGUCUUUCCCCAGCGAUGCAUAAUGCCGCUUUCCGCCAUUGUGGUAUGAGCCAUACCUAUACAAUCCCAGAGUCACCGUCACUUGCGAUCAUGGAUCGGCUAGGCAGGGACUCGCAUUUUGGAGGAUCCAGUGUCGUCCAGCCGUGGAGGGUACAACUGUCCCAUAAGCUCGCGGCGAAGAGUCGCCACGUUGAGGCGAUAGGUGCGAUUAACACCAUCGUGCCACUGCGGGCGCGUGCCGAUGGGUCCAUGUUUCCUCUGCAGGAGCAGGCAAGUCGCCGUAACCAGGCCGGACCUGUCCUAGGAUGGUACGGUGAGAAUACGGAUUGGGUUGGCAUUAUGACCUGCAUCAACCGUAAUCUCUCGCCACGCAAUGCCAUCAGUCCAUCGAAGACUACAGGGCUGGUGAUAGGAGCGGGCGGGAUGGCUCGCGCCGCCAUCUACGCCAUGCUCCGGCUCGGAUGCCGUAAGAUUUUCAUAUAUAAUAGGACCUUGUCACGAGCGGAGAGCGUAGCUCUCCAUUUCAACUCAUGGGCUGCGUCACAAGUGGAGUCAACUGAAGUGGUGCAUGUGCUCAAGUCCUUGAAGGAUGAAUGGCCUGACGAUGCCUGUCCCCCUUGUAUGAUCGCAUCCUGCGUGCCUGCUGACUGGGAGGCGGACGAGCCCCCAGCGAACUUUGAAAUGCCUAUGCAGUGGUUGGGGAGCCCUACUGGCGGUGUGGUUCUUGAGUUCGCUUACAAACCCUUGGACACGCCCCUGCUGCGCCAAAUGCGUCGCAUCCGGAGCGAAACCGGGCGUCCCUGGGUGUUGGUUGAUGGACUCGACAAUGUGGUUGAGCAAGCGAUACCGCAGUUUGAGCUUAUGACGGGACGAAAAGCACCGCGUCGCUUAAUGUUUUCUGAAGCCCUUCGCAACUAUGAGGGCGACGAUGGGCGGUUUGAUGAAAAGACGAUUCAAGCCAGGCUUGACCACGUUCGGUAGCAAGAUCGGCCGUGCCUCUCAACAAAUGACGUUGUGUUGAUAUCUGACCGUAUAAAUGAUGAUGUCCAAAAGAUGCGUUCGGCCAUGAAGACCCGGCUCACCUGGAUCACAUUUUAAGGUGUCCUCCGUAUAUCCUGCUGUCGUGCCUAAUGGACUGUCGAGGAUGUCGAGGUACCGUGGAUUGGUUAAACUGUCUUCCAAUCCACGAUAGCAAGUGGCGUGGAGCAUCUUCACAUGGAGCGCGAAAUGGGCGCGACCGUGCGAGUUUGACUAUGCUGGGAUUGAAAGGCCGGUCUUGCAACACAUUAUGGGUGUGCCAGUGGCCUGACAUCUCUAUUCCUGGAUGAGCUUCCACUGGACACGGAAAUGACCUGGGCAUGGACGAUCCACC